UCUUUUUACUAUCUCGAAUCCCCAAACCUUUGCUGGCUCUUAUGGGCAUGAAACACUCCUCCCGCUGCCUGCUCCUCCGGAGGAAAAUGGCGGAGAACGCAGUCGAAAACACGGAGGUGAGCAGUGCCCCCCCUCAGCCCCCUCAGCCUGUCGCCCCAGCCAAGCCUGUGCAAUGCGUCCACCAUGUGUCCACACAGCCUAGCUGCCCAGGACGGGGCAAGAUGUCCAAGCUGCUGAAUCCUGAGGAGAUGACAUCAAGGGAUUACUAUUUUGACUCCUAUGCUCACUUUGGGAUCCACGAGGAAAUGCUGAAGGAUGAAGUGAGGACACUCACAUACCGGAACUCCAUGUACCAUAAUAAGCACGUGUUCAAAGACAAAGUGGUGCUAGAUGUUGGGAGCGGCACAGGGAUCCUCUCCAUGUUUGCUGCCAAAGCAGGGGCCAAGAAGGUGUUUGGGAUCGAAUGUUCCAGUAUUUCUGACUACUCGGAGAAGAUCAUUAAGGCCAACCACCUGGACAAUGUCAUUACCAUAUUUAAGGGCAAGGUGGAGGAGGUGGAGCUGCCAGUGGAGAAGGUGGACAUCAUCAUCAGCGAGUGGAUGGGCUACUGCCUGUUCUAUGAGUCCAUGCUCAACACGGUGAUCUUUGCCAGGGACAAGUGGUUGAAACCUGGAGGGCUUAUGUUUCCAGACCGGGCAGCUUUAUACGUGGUAGCAAUUGAAGACAGACAGUACAAGGACUUCAAAAUCCACUGGUGGGAGAACGUCUAUGGCUUUGACAUGACCUGUAUCCGAGACGUUGCCAUGAAGGAGCCUCUGGUGGACAUCGUGGACCCAAAGCAAGUGGUGACCAAUGCCUGUUUAAUAAAGGAAGUGGACAUUUACACUGUGAAGACGGAAGAGCUGAGCUUCACAUCUGCCUUCUGCCUGCAGAUACAGCGCAACGACUACGUCCAUGCCCUCGUCACCUAUUUUAAUAUUGAAUUUACCAAGUGCCACAAGAAAAUGGGCUUUUCUACAGCCCCCGAUGCUCCCUACACUCACUGGAAGCAGACCGUCUUCUACUUGGAAGACUACCUCACUGUCCGGAGGGGCGAGGAGAUCUACGGGACCAUAUCCAUGAAGCCAAAUGCCAAGAACGCGCGAGACCUUGAUUUCACAGUAGACUUGGAUUUUAAGGGACAGCUGUGUGAAACAUCUGUAUCUAAUGACUACAAGAUGCGUUAGCACAUAUGAGAAGCUGCAGAGAGCAAGCAAGAAGAGGCACUCACUUCAGUCUGCCACGCUGCCCCAAGGAAUACUGUUAGGAGGGCCACACUCAACAACCAGAGCUUUCCACUCUGCCUUGAAGAUCGGUGA